AUGAGCAUCAAGGUGAUCGUCCUCUAUACAGCUUUCACGUCCCCUCUUCGGCGCGUCCCAGGCCCAUUAUACACAGUCCUGACUAGGUUACCUCUGAAGCUAGCAAGUCUCACAGGAAAUCGCAUUUAUUUCGUCCACGAGCUGCACCGGAAAUAUGGCCCAAUUGUCCGUAUUGCCCCGGACGAGGUCGACAUAUCUUCACUUGCUGAAUUCAGGGAAAUUCAUCGCGCCGGAUCUCCAUUCCUGAAGUCAAAAUGGUACGAAAAGUUCGUCCCCUCCAAGAGAUCUGGAGUCUUUACGAUGAGAGACCCUAAAGAACAUGCUGCACGGAGGAAGCUGUUUGCACGACCAUUCUCGAAAUCAGAGCUGCGCCGGACCUGGGAGCCAGCUGUCAGGGAGAAGGUCCAAUUGGCAGUCUCUCAGAUCCAGCGGGAGUUAAAAGCAGUCGGGAAAUCCGACUUGUUGAAAUGGUGGACGUUCCUUGCGACAGAUGUGAGCGGGCAAUUAAUGUUCGGAGAGUCGUUUAACAUGCUUCAGCUUGGGAAAAAAAACCAAUACAUAAAUGUGCUGGAAUCCACCAUGAUGGGCUCUGGAAUCGGAGCGGAGCUUCCGUUGGUGGCGUGGCUCGGUCGUCACAUUCCUCUUUCAUCCUUUCAGAACAUGUUCCGUGCGACUGACUACCUUUUCCAAUAUGGGCAGCGGGCGGUAACAAACAGCCGGACGACCAGUAAUGCUAGUCGUAACAUCUUUGCUGGUAUGGUGUAUGAGUCGGAGAAGGGCGACGGCAUUAUUACCGAUGAAGAGGUGGUGCUGGAGGCCGGGAAUCUUAUCGUCGCCGGUUCAGAUACAACCGCAAUCACUCUUACGUACCUCAUAUGGGCAGUGCUCUCACAACCGAAACUGCAACGCGAACUAGAAGAAGAAGUCAACAGCCUCAGCGCCGAUUUCGAUGACUCUGCGUUGGAGGAGUUACCACUGCUUAAUGCAGUCAUUAUGGAAGCAUUGAGGCUUUAUGGGGCUGCACCAGGGGCGCUGCCUCGAGAGACACCUGAAGGUGGAGCGAAGUUCUGUGGCUACUUCAUUCCCCAAGGGAUGACCGUGACCACGCAGGCCUAUUCAAUCCACAGGGACGGGGAUAUUUAUCCAGAUCCCGAGAGGUUUGAUGUCAGCCGCUGGCUCAAGACGGAGACGAGCGCCUCUGAGCUUGCCAAGAAGGCUUUUUCACCAUUUGGUGCUGGGGGUAGAAUUUGUCUUGGGAUUCAUCUGGCUUGGAUGGAGCUCCGUUUGGCGACGGCGCAAUUCUUCCGAGAGUGUGCAGGGGUCAGAUUGGCGCCAAGUGCGACAUGGGAGAACAUGCGGCCAGUGAAUUACUUUUUAAUCUCACCAAGGGGGCAUCAGUGUGAGGUUGAGUGUAACUACUGA